UGUUUAUUUUACUAAUCAUAAAUGCUCGUUCAUAAAGCCCUGUAGUUAUCAUACACAAGAUAGCCAUAACUGACAUACUUUAUACCUGUUCUAUUCAGUAACAAAUAUCAAUAUUUCCAUAUCUAAUUCACAAAGAUUACAAUGUCAUGUGCAGAUAGCUACGUUUGGCUAUCAAAUUGAUUGCUUACAUAACAGUAGUAGAUGUUUUUGGGAAAAACAUUGUAGUUGACUACGUCAGUGUUAUCGUGGAUUAUUGGAGGAGAGCAGUAGCUAUUGAGGUGGUUAAGUGUCAUGGCUGCUGUGAACGAACUUGCUGAUCUGUUGCAGGCGCACGCUAAUAGGGAUAAGGUGGUAAACUUAGCAUGCUACGCUCUGAAGCUAUGGGGCUCUACAGCCAAGCGUCAGGACCUGCUGUCAGCGAGCGCGCGACUGGCGGCUGCGCGAGCCUGCCUGCGACUCUUCGACGACGCUAUGGCUCUCAAAACUGCACUCGCUUACGGAUUUGGAACGAAAGACGGUUCAUUUUGGGGUACUCUGGGCGUGGCAGGCAGUGCAUUCACCUUGGCGUACCUCCAGGCUGAAAAGCUAUCGUUCCUCAUAGACACAGGCAUGCUCCACGUGUCCAAGGACACGGAGUUCAGAAUCCGGACGGCGCACAAACUGUUCUGGUCACUGUCGGCAUUUGUCGGCUUCCUCAGAUCGAUCCGUGCUCUCAAUGCGUCAUCAGAAGCUCUAAGACGACCAAACCGGACGAAGUGUGCGCCUGCAAGGUUCACGCAAGCGUCGUUAACCACCACUAAGUUCCUACUGGACACGAUACAUGCUGUGAGUUGGCUACCACCUGGCUGGUUGUGGGGGAGCAGGUUCAGUGUACCACAGGCCAGUGGCAUUGCCACUGCAUCCGCAAUACUAGGACUGGUCAUACAUUACCAUGGGAAAAGGUUUUAGUUUGCGUGUAAAAUGAAGACUCUUGAAGUUAGGUAUUGUGGACAAAUGCCAAUAAGAUGUUUAUCUCAAUCUGUCGUUCUAUAGAUUAGACCGUAUGACUUUACAAUAAAAUUAUGGUGUAAUGUUAAGGAAGACAUUUAGGAGUACCUUAUUAUAUCUAAUGGAAAUGGAAUUAUUGGCAUUUGUAUUAUACUACACUAGCUACAGAAUGAAUGAGAAGAAGAGAUUUAGUCGAAUUUAAUAAUAAAUAUGGUUUAGUUAUAAUUAUUUAAGUGAUGUAUUGCUCAAUGAAGUUUUAAUUUAUACUAUACUUACCUACCUUGUAAAUAAGAACUAAAAUAGUUGUAAUCCAGCCUUAGGAUCCAGUAACUUUAAUAUUAAAUGUAUCGUAUUUGUUCUACUAACGAGUACUUGAGUCCAUGUUUGCGAACACGUGUAAUAGUCAACUUUAUCAAUAAGUGACUGAUAACAUCUGUCACGAGUGGACAUUGAUCUUUAUACUAUACAAUAGAUAAUAAUCAGCUGAACUUGCUAAAACUGUGUGUCAAAUACCUAGUGUUAAAUCAAUUUUAUAUAAUUGAUCAUAGUUAAAAUCUACGGAAACCCGUACCCGUAGCAAGAAAAGGUAUUAAAAAUAAUACAUUUCAAAAAGAAAAUCGGUUUUAGAUUCCAGCCUGACAGGAAUAGGAAUAGGGGCUUAGUAUAGCAGUUAGCUCAUUAGUCGCAAUUAGCCUGUAUCUGAUUGCAGUUUUAAGACAAUAUAAUUUAAGUAUAACUAAUACAACAAUAUUUGGGUACUUGAAGUAUUUAUUAUUGUAAAAGAUGUGUAAGUAUUAUAAAGUGUUGUGAAAUAAUAGACCUUAUUUAUUUGAAAAUUAUAUUUAUUUUACAGUAAUAUAACAUUGUUUUAUUUGAGCAACCAAUUCACCAGAAGCUAUCAAAAGAUUUAUGUAAAAAUAAUAUAGGUAACAUUGUUAUUAACAACAAAAUAGAAUUGAAUAAUAAGUUGGCUGGGAUUAAUUCUACAAAAGAGUAUUAUUAAAUAUAUUAUUAAAACAGUAAAACUAUUACCCAGUACGUGUGAUAUUUUUUGUAUACAAUACAUACAAAUAAAUAUAAACCAGUACCUAACAGUUGGUUUUAAUGGCAAAAAAGUAACUUGAUCUUUAUAUAUAUAUUUUAAUUUAAUUUGUUCCUGUAUACUAAUAUUUAUGAAAUUAAACCAAACAUAUUAGAUUUGUUUGUAAGCACUGAUAAUUGCAGAAAAAAAAUUUUAGAGAGACAAUAUACUGAGCGAAGUGUGCUAUGAAAAUCUAUGGACAUUUUUAUUACUGUGAUUACGCAAAUAUUAGUAUAUCUAUUUUAAUAUAAUAAUACAAUAACUUUAGGUGGCUCAUUAAUAAUUUUGUCAUAACAUUUGACUAGUACACAUCACAUGCAUGAAACAAUUAACAAGCAAUUUUCGAAACAGUAUUUUAAUAACUAAAAUAAUAAGAAUUUAAAAUAAAAAUUAGUAUUAAGUCUUUCGCUAAUACCUUUAGGAAUGGAUAUUCAUAACUAGAUUAUUAAAAAAAAACUAUAAGUAUUUUCUAAAUAAUAAAAAUCUAAUAAAAUUUUUAGAAGUAUUUUUAUCAGUCAUACGCUAUGAUGCGUUUCCUAUUUUUAAACUUUUUAAACUAU